AUGCCAACAUUAGAUAAAAUUUUAAUAGCUAUUAACACUGACCCGCAAUUACCAAAUUUAUCACGAGCUUCUUUGCAUCGAGUUUUACUCAAUUUAGGUUUUAAAUUUUGCAAAAGAGGAAGGAAUAGUAUGAUAACUGACAGAGAAGAUUUGAUUUUAUGGCGUAGAAAAUAUAUCCAAAGUCUAUCAAAAUAUCGAAAUGAAGGUCGCACAGUAUAUUAUUUGGACGAAACCUGGAUUAAUGCAGGAGGUGUUUCCUCUAAAGUUUGGGAAGAUACAACAGUUAAAUCUGCGAAAGAUGCAUUUCUACGUGGAUUAUCAACUGGUUCAUCUAAUCCAACUGGAAAGGGAAAAAGAUUGAUUAUAUUGCAUAUUGGAAGCAAAAAUGGAUUUGUUCCAGAUGCAUUAUUAUGUUUCGAGAGUAAGAAAAAUUCAUCUGAUUACCACGAUGAGAUGAAUGGGGAUACAUUUAAAGAUUGGUUUCAAAAAAUAUUGCCUACAUUGGAUGAAAACUGCGUAAUUGUAAUGGACAAUGCUCCAUAUCAUUCAAUGAAGGAAGAAAAAGUUCCAAACAUGUCUUGGAGAAAAGAAGAGAUACAAAAUUGGAUGCUUAAAAAGGCUGCGAAUAUUAAGUCGAAAGUUGAUUCAAGAUUGAAUCUAGACUGGACUGGCUUUGCUCAUGAGGAUUCAACUAAUCUUGAAUCCAGCAUGAGACGAGCAUUGGUAACCAAUCUUGAACCAAUUUUGAUCGACAGUGGUAUAAAGGCUGCUUUCAGUCUGGGUUACCCACGCUGGGCGUUCAAUCUACAAUCAAGCCUCAAUCCAUCGUCAGCAUUGGUUUUUCGCGCCUGGGAACUGAACUCAUUAUGA